GGGCCGAGGGGAGGGGGCGGCGGACCCGGCCCGGCCGCUCCGCACCUCCGCCGAGUUUGGCCGGCCCAGAAGGGCAGCCAAAAGUUCAGCAUGCAGGAAGUUUGGAGGCAGCUCGGAGAGUAGCGCGUCGGCGGCGACUGCUGCUUCCCGUGCUCUGGGGUUUUGCUUUUUUUGCGGGGAUUGUGCCAUUCCCCCUCCGCCCCUCCACCCCCCCACCCCCUCCCGAAUACAACUCCCCCAAACACACAAGCAACCCGCAACAACAAAAAAGUCCGGCAAGAGGGGAAGAACACGAGCGAGGGAAGAACCCUCGGCGGGAGAGCCCGUUUCUUCUCAGAGACACGGUCCCGCUCGCAGCUGGUCCCAAUGCAACUGCUCAUCCUCCUCCUGCUCUACGCCGUCGUCUGUGCGAACUUUUGCAGCCGUCAGGGGACCACCGCCCCUGCCCAGAGCGGAUCUAUAAAAGCCCUGCGGGCCUCCAACAUCAGGCGAGAUGAGAGCAAUCACCUCACAGACUUGUACCGAAAAGAAGAGACCAUCAGCGUGGCAGGGAAUGGCUGCAUCCACAGUCCUCGCUUCCCCAGCAGCUACCCCAGGAACCUCCUACUGACGUGGCGGCUCCACUCCCCAGAGAGCACCAGGAUCCAUCUGGCUUUUGAUAAUCAGUUUGGACUGGAGGAACCUGAAAAUGAUAUCUGCAGGUAUGACUUUGUGGAAGUGGAAGAUGUAUCAGAGACCAGCACAGUUAUACGAGGACGGUGGUGUGGACACAAGGAAAUACCUCCAAGAAUAACAUCAAGAACAAAUCACAUAAAGAUAACCUUCAAAUCUGAUGACUAUUUUGUGGCUAAACCUGGAUUCAAGAUAUGCUACUCCCUUGUGUGUAGCUCGAAAGAGACAGAUUUUGCAAACACUCAGGAAAUGGAUGAUUUCCAGCAUGCAGCCUCAGAAACCAACUGGGAGUCAGUCACAAGCUCUGUCUCAGGGGUAUCCUAUCCCUCUCCAUCAGUGACUGAUGCUACGCUCACGGCAGAAGCACUGGAUCAAACCAUUGCUGCAUUUGACACAGUGGAGGAUCUGCUCAAACACUUUAACCCGGACUCCUGGCAAGAAGAUCUUGAGAAUCUGUACACAGACAGUGGCCACCAUUAUCGAGGCAGGAGCUACCACGACAGGAAGUCCAAAGUUGACCUGGACAGGUUGAAUGAUGACGUGAAACGUUACAGCUGCACCCCGAGAAACUACUCUGUCAAUUUAAGGGAGGAACUGAAGCUGACAAAUGUAGUUUUCUUCCCCCGCUGCCUCCUUGUCCAGCGCUGUGGAGGAAACUGUGGCUGUGGGACUCCGAACUGGAAAUCUUGCAUGUGCAUGUCAGGGAAAACAGUGAAAAAAUAUCAUGAGGUGCUGAAAUUCAUCCCCGAGGCUGGGCAUACCAGAAGAAAAAGCAGAAUCAGGAACAACAUGGCCUUAGUUGAUAUACAGCUGGAUCACCAUGAGCGUUGUGAUUGCAUCUGCAGUUCAAGACCACCCCGAUAAAAAAAAAAAGAGAAAAAAAAAUAAAGAAAGAGAAAGGAAGAAAGAAACAAACAAACAAAAAAAAAGACACACUAAUUGCAUUUUACCGGAUGUUUACUUUUAAGCAGGAUUGCUGUGAGGACCUUUACUCGCUAAUCAUUUGAAAUUUGCUACUAGCCUGCCUUUGCAAUUAGCAAAUAUGAUCUCUCUGUUUCAGCAUAGCUGUGCUGAUUAGUGCCAUGGCAACUAAACAGGUAUAUCAUAGGUUUAUAUAUCAGCAUCCAAGAAUAUAAGAUUAUGGUUAUCUGUAGCUAGAUUCUGAGGGUUGAGAUUUUAAAAGCUCAGUUGCAGUCCUUAGGCACACAAUGGACACUGAAAUUAAACACCAGGUGCAUAGGUAUUUGUUGUAGCUGGCAAUGAAUCGUAGAAUCAUAGAAUCAGCUGGGUUGGAAAGGACCUCUGAGAUCAUUGAGUCCAGCCCUUGAUCCACUAC